CAUUCUUACCAUUGCCCAGCUGAAAACAGCCAGCUCAUAGCUUCUCAAUGGGAGAGGAUGCAUGAAGUAAAAUGGUGGUGCUGAAUGGAUAGCAGCUACAGGCCCCAGCUUACUAGAUGGAAGAUCCUUCAUGGAAUGAAGUCCAAUUUUCCAAACCCCCAUACACUUUUGCUGAGAUAAUAUUUGUCCUGCUUUCCAAUAACUUAUCCCUCACUGAAGCUGAGAAACAUCCGCAGAGGUAUACUGAAGAGAGAGAGCAACAAUGUUAUUUGAUCAUUAAUAACUGAAGGAAUAGGAAACAGAUCCUCAAAAGGAUUUGACUGAAACAAAACAAAACACCAAAAAACUCAAGGAGCAGCAGCACGCCUAGAAUUCUCUCUUUGUCACCUCCAAACUCAUCUGCAUGCCCUCGGGGCACCAACAAGAAUGAGCUACUACGGCAGCAGCUACCGGGUGGUCAACGUGGACUCCAAGUACCCGGGGUUCCCCCCGGAGCAGGCGAUGGUGGAGAAGAGGAGGGCGCGCCGGCGCCUGCUGCACAAGGACGGCAGCUGCAACGUGUACUUCAAGCACAUCUUCGGGGAGUGGGGCAGCUACGUGGUGGACAUCUUCACCACCCUGGUGGACACCAAGUGGCGGCACAUGUUCGUGAUCUUCUCCUUGUCCUACGUUCUCUCCUGGCUGAUCUUCGGCUCCAUCUUCUGGCUCAUCGCUUGGCACCACGGGGACCUGUCCAGCCCCCCGGACCUCACGCCGUGUGUGGACAACGUGCAUUCCUUCACGGCCGCCUUCCUGUUCUCCCUGGAGACGCAGACCACCAUCGGGUACGGCUACCGCUGCGUCACCGAGGAGUGCUCGGUGGCCGUGCUCACCGUCAUCCUCCAGUCCAUCCUGAGUUGCAUCAUCAACACCUUCAUCAUCGGCGCCGCCCUGGCGAAGAUGGCCACGGCGCGCAAGAGAGCCCAGACCAUCCGAUUCAGCUACUUCGCCCUCAUCGGCAUGCGGGAUGGGAAGCUGUGCCUCAUGUGGCGCAUCGGGGACUUCCGCCCCAACCACGUGGUGGAGGGGACGGUGCGGGCGCAGCUGCUGCGCUACGCGGAGGACAGCGAAGGGCGCAUGACCAUGGCCUUCAGGGACCUCAAGCUGGUCAACGACCAGAUCAUCCUGGUCACCCCGGUCACCAUCGUCCACGAGAUCGACCACGACAGUCCCCUGUACGCCCUGGAUCGCAAAGCGGUGGCCAAGGACAACUUCGAGAUCCUGGUGACCUUCAUCUACACGGGCGACUCCACGGGCACCUCGCACCAGUCCCGCAGCUCCUACGUGCCCCGGGAGAUCCUCUGGGGACACCGCUUCCACGACGUCCUGGAGGUGAAGAGGAAGUACUACAAGGUAAACUGCCUGCAGUUCGAGGGCAGCGUGGAGGUCUACGCUCCGUUCUGCAGCGCCAAGCAGCUGGACUGGAAAGACCAGCAGCUGCUCCACGUGCAGAAGCCGACCCCCGUGGCCUCGCCCCCGCCAGGGCCCUGCGCCUCCGACCCCAAGGUCAGGCGAAGGUCGUUCAGUGCCGUGGCGGUCGUGAACAGCAAGGGUGAAAACCCGGAGGAGGACAGCACUGGUUACGACCCCCUGGAUGAGUACAAGGAAACGCCCUAUCAAAAAGCCGUCCUGACUUUAAAUCGAAUCUCGGUGGAAUCCCAGAUGUAGCCGCCUCUUGGCCUGGCGAGCCAAAGGGGGACCCCCACUUGGUCGUUUUCCUCUUCCAGCCACUGUGCAAGCAUGGAUCCCCCCUCCCCUCCCCCCAAAGAUUAAAGCCAUAUCUUGUGACGGUGAUUGUCUGUACAGCCUGUUAAACUACGGUAGGAAGAGAUCGUCUAAAGAUUCCAUCCUUGGCUACUCUUCAAAUCUGGGUUUUCAUAGAAAACAUUAUCCUCGGAUGCUAGGAAGAAGCAUGAUCAUUGGAGAUAAAAAUCCUUCUCAGGAUCGCCUAUGUUGAUGUCUACGGUUGGUUCUUAUUUAUCCGGUAAAAUGAGUAAAAAUAAAUAAAUAAAUAAAAGCAAGAGGGGAUGGGUGAAAAUGGAGAGAUGGGUAAGGGAGAAUGAUGAAUAAGUUUUUACCUCUAUUAAAAAAAUGAUAACAAACAUAA